UGUGAUCAUAAAAAGCAGGUUACAUUCAGCCUGGAAGGGAGUGAGGGUUGGAGGAGAGGGGAGGGGAGAGCAAGAGAGAGAGAAAGCGAGAGAGAAAGAGAGUGCUAUUCGCUCAGUGAAUUGCUUGCAAGCUUUGGGCUGAUAAUUAGGGAUCUCAGGGGUGCAGUUUCUCAGAAUAACCUGCUCGCCUUCGGAUGGACCAAAUGGAGACAGUGGUUCAGUCCUGCUGAUAUUUUUAAAGCCCUCCUCGCAGUUUGAUGGGCAUUCCCAGUGCUUUUGUGCACGUCUCGGAGAGCGUUGACGUGGAAAGGAGCAGCAAGGAGGGGGAGGUUGGAGGAAAAAAACGGCAGCUCUUCUAAAAAUACGGAGGGCAUGCGAGAGUGCGAGCAGGCUGGGAAGGAGGGCGAGGGGAGAGCACCUCGCGCCAUGGUCCUCGGACACUCGGAGAUGUCCCUCCUGUGACUGGAUGCACCAUGAGCAUCUGGGAGGUGAUCCUGGCUUUUGUGGUGGUGGUGCUGAUGCUCGUGGCCUUGCUGGCCAAUGUGCUGGUGCUGAUGUGCUUCUUGUACAGCGCCGACAUCCGCAAGCAGGUCCCGGGAUUGUUCAUCCUCAACCUUACCUUCUGCAACCUGUUGAUGACCGUCUCCAGCAUGCCCCUGACCUUGGCUGGCAUCAUUUACAAGAGGCAACCGGGAGGAGAUCAGAUCUGCCACAUUGUGGGCUUCCUGGAGACUUUCCUUACCACGAAUUCCAUGUUGAGCAUGGCAGCAUUGAGCAUUGACAGGUGGAUUGCCGUGGUCUUCCCUCUAAGUUACCACUCCAAAAUGAGGUACAGAGAUGCUGCUCUCAUCCUGAGCUACACGUGGUUACACUCUGUGUCGUUCCCCAUAGUGGCAGCGUCUCUCUCCUGGGUGGGUUUCCAUCACCUCUAUGCCUCCUGCACCUUGUACAACAAGAGACCAGAGGAUAGGACACAGUUUGUGAUUUUCACUGGGGUCUUUCACACCCUCAGCUUCCUCCUCUCCCUUAUAGUCCUGUGUUUCACUUAUCUCAAAGUGCUGAAGGUGGCACGGUUCCACUGUAAGCGGAUUGACGUGAUCACUAUGCAGACCCUGGUACUGCUUGUGGACAUCCAUCCCAGUGUAAGAGAGCGUUGUCUAGAAGAGCAGAAGAGACGGAGGCAACGAGCAACAAAGAAAAUAAGUACCUUCAUUGGUACCUUUAUACUUUGUUUUGCACCUUAUGUUAUCACAAGACUUGUUGAAUUAUCCUCUGCGAUCCCCAUCAACUCCCACUGGGGAAUUAUCUCCAAGUGCUUAGCUUACAGCAAAGUUGUUUCAGAUCCCUUUGUGUACUCUUUGCUACGGAAUCAGUACAAGAAGACAUGGAAGGACAUCAUAAACAAGAUCCUCAAAAGGAGCUCCAUCAACUCCUCUGCCCUCACGAGCGAGUCGCACAAUCGAAAUAUAUUGCAGCUGAAUGAAUGAGGAGCUCUUAGGUAUGGGAUCUUCCAGAAGCGUUAAAUGGUACAUGAGAAACAACAGUAACUGGCCUAUCCCUAGUAGCUAUCCUCAGCUGUCAAGGCUUCAGGAGGUGGUCACAGGUGCUGUGUCCCUCCCACAGCCCCUGCACACCCACGGGAGGCUGCUUUGAGCCUCCUCUCUCCAACUGCAGUGUGCUAUUGGUGCGUGGUCCUGCAGACUUUACCAAGAGCAAUCUCCCAUUAAUUUCCAUCAGCAGUUAUGCAUAGAGUGGAAAGCUGCUCCUUGGUGGAAGGGCUCAUGAGUUUAGUGGGAGCAGAAAGGUGCAACAGUGAGAUUAUUUUUAAAAAAGACAAGAAGAGAUAUCUGUGCCAUGUACUUCACUGGCUGCAGAUCGGGGUCUCUCCGAUGGAUCUGCCAGCUUUACAAAACAAUCUCAACCUGAUUGCUUCAGCGGGUACCCUUUAGAAAAGAUCUUAACAGAAACAUCUUAAUAGCAAAAUCUUUACCUGGGCACUCAUGCAGCACCCAGUAUAGCUUUCAGUCUCGUUUGGUACCUAUUGUUUGAAUGGUUCCAUAGAACUGAGUGGAAAAAAAUCACUUUUGUAGUAUACUACGGGCUGGAUUCUGAUGUGUCUUCUAAGUAACUUUCACCAAAUUCUAUUAUUUUUCUCUUCAUUAAAUUUUAAAUCAAUAAAAACAACACCAAACCAGUAGAUAGAUAGGAUGGAAGGGUUAGGAUGCCUCCCCACCUACCCUCAAUGCCCUUUUUAGGAUUUCUGAAUUAUAAAGGAUGGAAUUUGUCCCAAAGCUGCAAAAACCAAGAAAUCAAGAAUAAUAAUUAAUUGGUCGUCACUGCUAUGGUUUUAGUAAUAAUUUGUGUAACAAAUUGCAUCAAGAAAGUGUGUCCUCCUCAUAAUCUCUUGAAAUUAUUUUCUGGUAAAGACCUAUUGGUUUCAAAGGCUUUACAUUUAUACACUGAUCAGCAAGAGACUUGCAAGCAAUUCUGAUCUUAGCUCUGUAACCGUUUGUCUCCAGCAAAGUCCACAAGGCAAAGGUAAGAUAACACGAGAAAUUUUUUCUUAAUAGAUCAAGAAACCUUCUGUUUAGUGGCCAUAAAUUACACAGGUUGUUGGUAAGGGUGAAACAGCAAACGCAUCGCAAGCCCAGGUUAUGAAUAGUCUUGGCUUAUCCAGUUCCAGUUUAUAUAACAGCUGACAUAGCUGACUCUUUUAACAUCUAUUCUUACUUAUAUUCCAUCUGUAAAUACUGAAAUCACAAUCAUGUUGAUGGAAUUACUUAUUAUCUGCCACUUCUUGUGCCCUCCAAGCAAAGGGCACUGGAUGGCAUAAAUAGCUCUGCAAAAGACCUUCCCUUUGCUUGGAAGAUACAAGAGGAAGUAGCUAAAUCAGUAUAUUCUGCUUCAUUUAUGAUAAAUAACCAAUAUCAAUCAUUUUGCAAACCUUGGUAUGCUCUGUUUUACAAGUUCCACCAUGAAUAUUUGUCCUUUAACAACAGAGAUUAUGACAACAACAGUUGCCUUCAUACCUUGCAAAAAGCAUCCAUUCUUGAAGUUUCCCACCAUCAAUUCGAAACCUGGAUAGGUAACUCGGCGGUCCCCAAAGUUAAUAUACUUGGGGUAAUAGCUCAGGUGCCGGUGUGCAGAGCCUCAUCUUAGCCCCACUCCCUGGCAUGAUAUCACAGCUGCAAGGAAAAUGUUAAUCUAAUGUUAGUCUCAUUGCCACCUGCUUUGUAAAUGCAAAAUUUAAUAGGAUGAAGAUCAGUAACAGCCAUGUAAAUAAAAAUCUUCAGCUUAGCUAUCCAGUUUAGUUAUUAAACAACAGCAUAAAUGAAGUCAAAUAGAUACACAAAUAUAAUCACGGGAUCUAAGUUUUGCCAACACUGUGUUCAAGGUUAGCCAUUAGUCAUGUUACAUUGUCUACCUCAUCUUAACCAUUGGACUUUUUAAGCUUAAUGUAAUUUUCUCAGGUGCAGUAGGUGAAAAGACCCCAUUCAAUACAAAUACAAAGGUAAAAUGCAUCAUAACAAGAUAUUGUGGAUUUGACUAAGAUCCUUUCUUUGUAAGCAAAUUAGAAUGGGGUGAUGGUUGAAGUCCACAAGAGUUGUCAGUUUAUAGGCUGGGCUGCUGCCAAGUCAAUGGGAUGUUUGCAUGUUGACAAACCCAGCCCCAGAGGGGUUUCACAUUUUCAAUCCAUUAUCCCAAUAGAGAAAAAUAAUUUCCCAGGGGAAAAAAAAAAACCAAACAAAACAACAAAAAAACUACCAUUAGAAUGACUGGUAAAAGGUGGAUAAAAAUAUAGCAUCAGACUGUGUAUCUCAGUCAGACCCUGGUUGAUUUAUGUGUCACCAUGAGCAAUAAAUCUCUCCCCUUGUACGCGUUUAAAGCUUUGUCUUUCUUUCAUUGUGCCUUUCUUCCAAAAUUAAUCUCACAGCAGAGAAUAAACAUAAUUCCCCCUUACUUACAUCAGAUCUCUGACACAUUGUCAUAUUUCUACCAUCUGAAGCAAGCGGGAGCUGUGCAUGCUGGCGCUUGACAAACUGACUCCAUAUACAAAUAAAAGUAAUACCCUAACAUUUCCAGAUGACAUUUUAUAAGAUACAGAAAUAUGAUACUGUGGCUUGUUAAGUGCUAGCUAUUCAACUGAGUUCUUAUAGGCAACCAGCAAAAUUCUCUGAAAUGUAUGUCUAAGUGAUGAAUGUAGCUAUGACUAACUACGUGUCUGCUGAGUAUUAUAUGUACUAUACGACACUUCCACUCCAGUGAGUUAGAAUAACGAUGGCAAACAUAAUGCUCAAUACUUCAUUAUCUCUGAUUGUCAGUCGGAACCGUUCUCUUGUCAAAUGCCCUUGAGAGGGUGCGUGCGAGGGGUGGGUUUUCCAUUUGUUACUUAAAUGUUUUUGAAAAAUGUUGUAAAUUACAGCUACAGUGUGCCCAAAAUAUGGAACUGCAUGUGCAAAGCUUGUGCAGCUGCUUAGGCAAUAUGCAGUUGUCUGGUGGUUAUCUGCAAUCCAUAUGCAAUAGCUAUUUCUCACAUGCAUGUUCAAUUAACAUUUUCUUCCUAUCUUGUAAGUUUGACAGGCAGAACACUGGCAGACAAUUAAGAGUAUUUAACCCACUGUGUCAUUUUCAGUUUCUGAGCUUUUCCCACUGCUCAUUUUACAACCAUAUAUUAUUUAUGUGAUUUCAGAGCCAUAGUUGUGAACACCAUUUUGUGUUACGUUUUUAGCCCAGUUUGGAUGUGAAGAGUUAGAUAAUUCCUUUUGGCAGAAUGCAUAAGUGAAUGAAAUGAGUUUAUCGAGAAAAUAAGCAGUACAAAUCCACCUCCAGACAUAAAGCAAUAUAACUGUUGCUUCAGUUGGUGAUUCACCCCCAUUAGAUAACUACAUCCAGGUUUUACACAUCUGACUUCUAGAUGUGUAAGGCCAUUUCUUCAAAGUUAUUUACUCAUGACAAGAUGUAAACAGGAUUUAUUGAGUUUCUUGUGAGUGUAAGUGCCCACUUGCAGUGUUAGGCAGCUAUAAGUCCCAUCUCUAAAUGAGGCCUAUCCCCCUAUCUCUCAGCCAUCCACUUACCCCAAAGACAGUGUUUCUCUCAAGGCUCAGUAGCUGCCAUGGAAAAAUCCAAGUCUCCACAAGCAACACAGCCUCCAUGAAAGAGCCCUUACUGGCUUGGGAAGGCUUAAAUAGUUUUCAGGUGGGAUGUGAGGGAAAGCCUCACACUGAUGUCCUGAAACCAGCUCCACCUGGGUGAGUCUUGCUUUAGGAGAUAGAACCCAGUUCUUAAAGCCCCAGAGGCUCAGGUCAUUUGUGUGAAGAAAGCUCUUUCUGGAUUUACUUGCCUAAAUUCUUAAAGUUCCUUCACCACCUCUUAAUACUAAAGAAAGGCUCUGAGGUCCCUAAGCAUCUUAUCCAGUCCACUAUGCAGUGAAUCCUUUGAAACAGCCCAUUGGAAAUUGCUCUCUUUAUGCUGCUCCCAUGCUUAUCUUCUCCCUCAUUUCUUCUGAUUAAAUGUUUAACGCUAGAGACUUCACACCUAUGUCAGCUUGUUGCUACUUGUCCCUAAUAAUCUCAGUAUAUUACAGUACACCAUGUUAAGCACAGAAAGCUCAGUUAGGUCAGUGGAUCCUAUGGUGUUUGCUUUAGGAGGCCCUGAGUAGUUAGCUCUAGCUAACUGGAUAGGCUUUCUUGUUUGUAGAUUCAGGGAUUAUACAAGCUACUCAAGCUGGAACAAAGGAGACAAUAAUAACAUUUGGGCCUUAAAUUUAUUAUUAUUAUUAUUUUAAAUACGCAUUUUAUGCUUUAAUUCAGAGCGCUAAUCAUAUCUCACAAUCUCUGAUGGAUGAAGUUUCUCUGUGUAAACCAUCCUUCUCAAACAGACAGCUGUCCUUGUUAGAAAGUAUCAAAGUUUACAUGGAGAUAAGAGCUGCUGCAGUCUUUGUAAAAUGUCUACUUCUUACCUGUAGUCCUGAUGUGUAUCAUGUAAAUAUGUAUCUAGAAUUGUUAGUUUUUAAGCAAAUGAUGAUGGUCUAAUGAAUGAGAGGAUGCUAUGGUUUCCCAUAUCUGUCUAUAUUUAUAAUGGAGAUGGUUAGCCCUUUAGACUGUAAGUGCAAUUCAGAACUUCGUGUAUUGAGAAACAAACGUAUCAGCUGUAUGAACAGCAUGCAUGUGUGAUAAUUAUACAGCAAAAUACGUUUGUUUUGUUGAAGAAGAUUGUACAUGGUUACAACAUGCCCAAAGGCCUGAAUCCACAUGGCUGAUUAGCAGUCCUCAAAGAUAUGUUAGGAAAAGGGUCUCCAUUUGGAGCUUACUGAAUGCUGGGAAAACUGUAGUAAUAAAAUUACAGCUUUGGAAGAAACAUGUUCUUAAAGAUUGCAGAAAUAGCAAUCUAUAUCUAUAAUGGCUAUUCCAUCUUGAGUCCUGAAACACAAUUAGAAAAACAACCUAUUGGAUUUAAAAUGGCUUACAUUGCCUCUCUGACCACAAAAUCCUACUUGCAUCAGCCACAGGGCGUGAUGGGUCGUUUGUAAUAGAAACCAUAGGGCUUCCCAGAUAAUAAUGUUUGAAAAAUCAUUAUCACAAAUUGCCUUGGAAAAUAGGAAUAGAUAACUAAAAGGUGCCUUGAUUUACCUUUAUUUCUACACAGAGCAUUUUUGUAAACCUUGAAUUUUUUCAUAUUCCUUUUAUGUUCUUCAAAUCAUUUUAGGAUUAAAACAUCUCAUAUAUUUGGCAGUCAUUAAUCAUUCUGUUCUGAAUUCUUGCAGGAAUGUGAUGUAUUAACGGUCUUAAUAGAUGCAGUUCAAUCUUUUUCUCUAGCUAAGAUUAUUAGAUGAUUAUUUGCUUUAUUUAACUAUAUAUAUAUAUAGUUAAAAGGAAAAAGUUAGGGGCUUUCUUUACAAACCGAUAAGGACAAUGGGAUUCCUUGGAUGAGUAAGGACCAUCCAUAGGAUAAGACAUUUAAAAUGGUCUGGCCUGUAUAAUUAAACAUUUUUUGUUUGUUUUGAGAUAUCAAAAAUACAUGGUUUCCUAUUCCUUAGAGUCUAGUCAGCCUGCAGAAAGAUAGUUCUGGAAUAGCAUUAACAAUAAAUGCUGUAGGUAGAGCAUGUUUUGACUAUAUUAUUAUAAUUUAUUGCAUUUAUUAUUAUUAUUAUUAUUAUUAUUAUUAUUAUUAUUUUGUAUAACAAUGAGUUGUAAUUUAUGGGGCUAUUUAUACGGGGGAAAAAGGCAAUAUGAAAACAUGGGUAGAGUGAUGCACAGACCAACAUGUAACAGUGAGAUGCUCAAUAAUUCCAUGGGUUGAAGUGGACCGUGGAACUUUGAAGUCCCAAACAAGCUAAACUGUUAUCAAUUCCCAAUGUAUAAUUCAGAGAUACACAUUCUGUCACGUAACGACAGAAACACAGAAUUCUGUUGUAUUAAUACGGUUGAAAGGAAUACAGGACAAUAAAUUUUAAUCAUGACUUCAGAUUUUUGAAUAAGGGGCCUGUGCUGCCUAUUCUGUUUACAAUGGCUUGUGCUUUGUGAAUACAUAUCAAAUGUUGUAAUAUAUUUUUAUUACAUAAAGUUAAUGAUUAAUACAAAGUAACAUAUAAAUAAACCUGUCCUAUAUAUGUAUAUUGUGAUUUUGUUAUAUUUACUGUUAAUGAAAUGUGAUUAUGAUUAAAUGACUUCG